CAUUAAGAAGAUGGAUGAUAUUUUAUUAGAGUAUCAAUAUUAAUCAGAAUCUCCUUUAUUCCAAUUUUUGUAUGAAAGGAAAAAAGGAAAUAAAGAAUUUACUAUUGAAGAGCAAUAAUAUUUCAACCAUUAUAAAUACACUUUUCUCCUUGAAGCUGGCACAGCAUUUGUAUUGAUGCCUUCAACAUUUAUGGCUUAUAAGUAAUUAUAAAAAUUAGUAAAAUUUAGAUUAAUGCAAGAAUUUAAAUCUAAUAAAGGAAUAUCAUAAAAAUUCUAACGAUAUUGUCAAUUAACUGGAUUAUUUGGAAUUCCAGGAGUUGCCUUAUAUGGAUAUGCACUUUACAGAAGAUUUAUUAAGAAAGCUCCACAUCAAAAAGAUUUGGAAGAUAAAUACUUAAAUGAACUUAAACCAAAAUUAAAAAUUAUUGAUAGUUCAAAAAAAGAAUGA